GUAGGAGCUGGUGUCGCCGCUGCCGGGUUCAGUCGCCCGGCGCUGCUCGGCCUCUGCCCGGGCGGCUCCCCACGUUCUCCGCCUCAGGUCACAGUAGAAACGCAUGAAUGGAAGAAGAAAAUUUCUUCUUGCCUCAGUACUUGCUCUCCAGAAUUCAAGUUUUAUCUAUCCAUCAUGUCAGAAGUGCUUCUCUCGGAUAAUCCUGGUCUCCAAAAGGUUUAAUUGUCCAAAAUGUGGCUAUACUAGUGAAGCUGAAAAUGCCAGUUACAGAUAUAAACUUUCUGUAAAAGUUGCAGAAUCAAACAAAUUGUUUGUCAUCACUGUAUUUGGGAGCUGCUUAGAUACAUUUUUUGGUCUUACUGCCACUGCUUUGCACAGGUAUAUUCAGAAUCUUAAAGUUCCAAAGAUACUGGAUAAUGAUACAACUCAGAACCUGUUAACUAAAGCAGUUGAAACAUGCUUUCUUGGACAAAGCUUUGUUUUUGGAGUGACGAAUUUUGAAAAACAAUGUGGACAUGGUUCUGAUUCCAGUAACUUCUUAUACCAGUGUUACGACCACAAAAGAGAAGUCCAAGCACUGGUAGCUUGCCAGAUUGUUCGACCAGACCCACAUGUUGCAGGCUUCACUGUUAUUGACUACUUCCAUCAUCUUUUGCAGUCUUCCAAUUCAAAGGAACCGGAAGGCCACUCAUCUAGUGAUCUCAGCAGCAUACAUGGCUCUGAUAGCACUUCCUAUCUUGUGGAGUCCCAUAACAGUAAUAAUUUUUUAACAUUCUGGCAACCAUCACUUGAACUCACUUCCAUUGUCUCACAACUAACAGAAAAUGGUGAAUUUUCAGCUUCAGAACAAAACAUGGCCAUUGGGACUCUUCACCAAAACAGCAAGUAUACCUCCUUUGCAGAGAUCACUGGUACCAGUAGCAGCCAUGAUCCCACGCAGGGCUCAUGGAGCUUUGUUUCAUAUAUGGAUAAAAACAGUACAGCAGAAAAGAAGGGUAAGGAUAGUCAUUCCCACCAGCACUUUGAUAUAGAUACCAUCACUGGCCUUCACAAGAAAUCUACAUGCUGUCUGCCUUCAUCCCGCAGACCUGAAGAGACAGCUGGCUGUUACCAGGAUUGUGAUUCUAUGAUUUGGGAUGAUCUGCCAUUGUCUGAAAGUCUGAACAAGUUUUUGGCUGUUAUUGAAAGUGAGAUUGCUGUAACCCCAAUAGAUGCCAAAAGAAGGAAGUAUGCUAUAGGACGUAACACCCAUAAAUGUGAUGCAGACCACAAUGGAUCAUCUGUGACUUUGCAGAUUGCUACCAGAGCAAUACCACCUAUAUCUUCAUCAUUAGAAGCAACAGUCAAAGAAAGCUCCAGCAAAAAUAACUACUUGUCCAACUGUGAAGCGAAUGCUAGUGCUAGUAUUCAAAAGGAUUUAUACCCAGAUAAUACAGCAGACCCUAUUUCUUUAAGCAGUAAUCCUAUUUCUUUAAGCAGUAAUAAAAAAGAUAUUUCAGAAUAUUUCCUAUCAAAAACUUACCUGUCAGCUCAGUUUCUCCCUUCACAAGAUUUAGAAACAACAAUUAUUCUUAAAAAGACUUCCAGGAUUUUCUCACAUAGGGAUGAAAUUUCCCUUAGGCCCCAAACUUUAGGGAGUGACCAUUCUUAUGUCAGUGCUAAAUACCUUAAUACAUGUGGAGGACAGUCACAUUCAGAAAUGAAAGAAAUGGUGACAACAUUGUGUCCCAAAAAGUACAAUGGUGUUUCUGGUCCUUGCAAAUUAGAAAAGAAGCAGUAUUACAAGUGGCCUAGGAACCAAGAUGACAGUUUUACAAUUUGCAAAAAACUUACAUAUCCUUUAGAAACUCUUCAUGAUAGUCCAAAUAGAAGUACUAAUACACUGAAAGAAAUGUCUUAUGGACAUACCAAUACUACCUUAACACAGAGCUAUUCUGCUGAUCUUGAAGGUAGCUACAAUGCUUCUGCCGAUCUCUUCAAUAAUAUUGCCAAAAAUAUGGAUACUGCAACAGAAAUUACAAAGAGAUCACAGGAUGUUUUGUUACAGGGGGAAACAUCUUUGACUGAAAAUUGCCCUGCAGAGUAUAAUAUUCUACCAAGAUCACACUCUGCAAACUCUAGCCAGUCUUCACAAAAAGUCUUCUUACAAAGCCUGUCAGCCUCUAGGUAUCCAAGAACAUGCUCACCUCCACCGCAAUUUCACUCAGAUUCAGAAUAUGAUUUUGAAGAUAGCCAAGACUUCAUUCCCUGUUCACAGUCAACACCAGUUGCAGGAUUCCACCGAACAAGAAUCCAUGGGAUAAAUGGAACUUUCAGAAACUUAACUGCCUUUUACUGCAAUUGUGAUGCUAACGAUAAAAAAAUACAAGUUCCUUCUGAAAAUGACAAACAGCGAAUUAUUCCAAGCUGUCCAGAAAAUUUUAAAACACCUACCCAGAAGUCCAGAAGUCACAUUACGUCGAGAAUUACACCACCAGAGGUUUUCAAUCACUCUCCAAUUGCUGAGUGCCUUAAGACUGAUAGUGAUGAAUGGGUACCUCCUACCACACAAAAAGUAUUUAUUUCAGAUACGCUUGGAUUUCAAGUCAUGGCUCUAAGGAAAUGCCUUGCUGCCAAUAAUUCCUCCAAUCAAAAAGAGUUACCGAGAAAGAAACAAAAACAAGUCAAACAAAAAGCCAGUGUGUGUUUAAUUAAGAAGGAAUUUAAAAAUAGGAGUAAAGCAAAACAGAAAAGUCCUAAAUGUAACUCUGAAAGGUCAGUCUGCAUUUCCAAAGAGUCAGUUCUUGGACUUGAUUCUUUUUCAGAUGUUAGGUCUUGCCUUCCAUUUUCAGAAAACCGCCCACCUUUCAUGGCUGAGAGCACCUGGUCACCUGAAUUGUUUUCAUAAAAAGUCAUUGAACACAAUGUUUGGAAACUUUUUGGCCUCCAGUGGCAUAAGAGGUAAUUCUUUACAUUUUGAACUCUUGGAGAAAAGUAAAGAAAAACGUAUGUAGUAAUACUGAUCCUUUAAAAA